GAAAUAAAACAAGCAACAACUAAGAGAGAGAUACAGAAACCACCUUCAGUAAAGAGUUAAAAUUUUCUUCCAGUCAGAUCAGCUGACUUCCCACGUGACUUUGCGGAAGUAAGAGUAUCAACAUGAGCACAUCCCGACUGGACGGGACUCGCCAGAAUGGUGCGCUAUUUUCUCUUGCUUUUAGUGGUAGUGCUUGUCAAUGUAGAAGUUUGUCUUCAGAGUUCAUGCGGAGGAGAGCAAGAGGCCGACUCCACGGAGGGAACAGCGGGCUGCGGCUGCGAUAAGCUGAGGAGAACCGACUCUGGUGCUGUGGACUCGAAGGAGGAGCGACCAUCGAGCGAGCCUGCUGUAAAAUACACAGCAGCUGCUAAUGAGAAAAUCUCUCAGAUGGUGUUCAUACCUGGAGGAGAGUUUUUCAUGGGAACGGAUGACCCAGGUAUCCCCCAGGAUGGCGAGGCGCCCCAGAGACCGGUGUUCAUUGGCUCUUUCUACAUGGACGUACUGGAAGUAACUAACCAACAGUUCCAGAGCUUCAUCAAAGCCACAGGUUAUGUUACUGAGGCAGAGAAAUUUGGAGACUCGUUUGUGUUUGAGGGAAUCUUGAGUGAAUCUGUCAAAAGCCAAAUCACACAAGCAGUGGCAGCUGCCCCCUGGUGGCUCCCAGUCAAAGGGGCCAACUGGAAUCACCCUGAGGGCCAAAACUCGAACAUCACAGACAGACUGGAUCAUCCAGUUGUGCACGUCUCUUGGGCUGACGCUGUCGCCUUCUGCUCUUGGGCCAACAAGAGACUGCCUACUGAGGCUGAGUGGGAGUACGCCUGCAGGGGGGGCUUGCGAGACAGACUUUACCCAUGGGGGAAUAAACUGAACCCAAAGGGACAACACUACGCCAACUUGUGGCAAGGGGAUUUUCCCCUGCACAACUCUGGAGAGGACGGAUACAUCCAAACAUCUCCUGUUAUGUCUUUUCCUGCCAACUCGUUCGGUCUACAUGAUAUGGUGGGGAAUGUUUGGGAGUGGACCUCAGACUGGUGGACUGUUCACCACACCACAGACCACCAACACAAUCCGACUGGCCCCCCUUCAGGCAAAGACAAGGUGAAAAAAGGAGGGUCAUACAUGUGCCACAAGAUUAUUCAAAUUUCAUCAGUUUGCUGUGAUCAUCUGCAUAUUUUGGAAAGAUUAAUUCAAUUUCGGCAUUUACCCCAGGCCUGGUUACUGACUGAGCUGCAAAGUGAAGACUUAGACUUGUGUAGAGAUACUGUGCAGACCUGCUUUGCAGCUAUUAUCUCUUCCUUGUUGUUAACAAAGGGGGAAAAUCCAGCGUGGUCUUUCUUCCUGUCUUAUUGCUACAGAUACCGAUGUGCGGCUCGGAGCCAGAACACCCCUGACAGCUCGGCCUCCAACCUGGGGUUUCGCUGCGUUUCUCAGGAGAAACAAUAACCUGAGCUGCUUGUUUAAUGAAGGCUUCCUUAUUAUCUGUAAUCCAAUUGUUUACUGGGAUUUGAACUGGAUGGCACAGUGUUUUGUUUUGUUUUGUUUUUUUGCCAUGGCAGUUUUUUUGCUGCCAUAUAAUUCCACAGUCAAAAAAAGGAAAUGCAGAAAAUGUUGCUGUAAAUAUCCUAUUUCACACCAUGAAAGUGUUUUUCACUUUUUUAUAAUAAAAUAUAAAAAGAUGA